AGAAUGGAACCUAUGUGCUCUCGAAAUUAGGAAUGGAGUGCGUUACUCUGAGGUACUCUGAACCCACGUGUUUGUACCCUUGUGCAGAUGUUGAUGAUUCAUCUCGUUCUUGACGGCAGGAUGGAACAUCUUAUCUAGCCGUAUCCAUGAAAUUGUGAGCAUGGUCGCGUAUCCUCCGCGAGGGAAGCUGUGAUAAUCAGCUGCAUGUUUUUGAAGAGUGUGAGAUGGUAUCUCUGUUGCAUGACAUUGAUUAAAUUUGUUCGAGCUGAUUACUCAGCUGAGUCCUGGUGUUAAAAAUGAAAUUUUGAUUUGUGCCGCGCAAAUCAUAAUCACGUUUUUAGUGAUGUGUGAUAAUCUUUAAUGAGAAUUUCAGAUUAUCUAAAAGUGUCCAGCUCAUCUUUUUUUCCAGACGUGACUUCAUACGGCGCAUGCCUCCCAGUUGAAAGCUUGGCAUCUUCGGAGAAAAAAAUUCUUCCAUCAGUGUUCUUCACAUUGGAGUGCAUGCGCCGUAGUGGCUGACAAAAUUAUUAUUUAAACAUGGCCGAAUUACUUGAGACAAUGAUGAAUGUCAGUGUGAAAACGCCGGAAGAAAUCGUGAAGUACUCGAUGCCGGAAGACGAUGUGAAUGGAAACUCGGCGCAUUCGGCAGUUGAAACAGUGCGACCCCGAUGGGGUCCGAAUCACCGUGGUGCCCAAGAACUAGCACAGCUCUAUUCCAAAGGCAAACGAGUUCAAGAAAUGCUAUCCGUCGUGCUUUGUAUUGCUUGUAUGUCAGUGAACAUCGUCUACCUCUUCAUACACUUCGAGUCCCGGCGGUGGGUGCAGGUUGCCAUAAGUGCCGUGUGCGGCGUCCUCACGGCGGACUUCAUGUCGGGCCUCGUCCACUGGGGCGCCGACACUUGGGGCUCCGUCGAUCUUCCUGUCGUCGGCAAGCACUUUAUCCGUCCCUUCCGGGAACACCACAUUGACCCGACUUCCAUCACGCGACACGACUUCGUGGAAACCAACGGGGACAGUUUCAUGCUCUGCCUUCCCGCGUCCGCCUGGAUCGCCUACACCUUCCUGACGGCCGAGUAUGCCCGGGUGCAGGCCCUGUACCCGUGGUUCGCCUUCCUCACGCUCCUCGGCGUCUUUGUCGCCAUGACGAACCAGAUCCACAAGUGGUCGCACACGUAUUCCAAGCUUCCGAGCGUCGUGGAAACGCUGCAACGAUGGCACGUCAUCCUGCCCAGGAGGCAUCAUAGGAUUCAUCACGUGGCGCCGCACGAAACGUAUUUUUGCAUCACGACGGGAUGGUUGAAUUAUCCGUUGGAGAGAAUCGGGUUUUGGGGGAAACUGGAAACCGUGAUUGAGCAUUAUACGGGCAUGAAACCGAGGGAUGACGAUUUCAAGUGGGCCCAGAAACGGGACUAAUUCCAUCCCGAAACGCAUUUUCAAAAGAAUUUUUAUUUUGUGUGUGUUGCUUUUCGUCUGGACGAAGAAAGGGGGGGAAAUCAGGGAAAGAAAAAAAAAGAGAGGAAAAAUACGGACCAAUCUCGAAACACGGGGUUCUGAUGUCGUGUCACCGCGGGAGAAAAAAAAAGAAGAGGAGGAGCGGGAUGAUAUACCGGUUUUUAAACGUAUUGACGAAAUAUCAAACCGUUUGUGAUUUCCGUAAACUUUUUUUGCCUGACAGGGUUGCAUUGGCGCAUUGUGUCUCGUUUUUAUGAUGCUCUUAACAGGUUUCUUUUUUUUAUAUGCUAAUUUAUUAAUCGAGUCUUACUCUAUAUGGUCACGGUGGUGAUGUACUAUAGUUUCCUUUUUGCUUUGAAAGGUCGCGUUGAAUUCAGUGACAUGAAGAUCUUUUUCGUAUUGGCAGGAGGGAUUUAUUUAACCUAAGACAGUGCUUCGAAUUGUUGACGCUAUUUGAGAAGAAGGAUUCUGGGAACGAAUUAAUUAGGGUUGCUGUAGUUUUUUUUCUGGCGAUUGCUGCUACUUUCCUGGGUUCUAGUGUGUGACUGACCGGAAAACGCGUGACUCGUCGAUUUAUGUCCAAUCGUAUCAAUUGUAGCUUAUAUGUGACUACUGUUGGUUCUUGUGAAGAACUAAUCGAUUCUUGUUGAUCAGACCAUGAUUUUGGCUUUAAUGAUCUUCCAGUUAUUUUCUCGGAAAUAACAUUAUAAAAGAAAAAGAAACCAAUUUUCUGUUAACGUCCCAAGAACGGGAAUUUCUUUCGAAAAAUACUGAUUCUUUUUGUAAUUUCAAAUUUUGAAUACUGAUUACAGUACCGUAUCCUUCUGGCUGUUUUUUUUUAUUCAAGGAUAGAUUUUUAAUUUAACGAAGUUUUUCUUUUAAUGUUGUUGAUGUGCGUGAUCAUAUAAUUUUUAUUCGAAUUUAAUUAUCUCAGUAUCAUGAUUAUAAUUAUUGUCGAUUUCAAUUGACGAGGUUAUUCUUCUAAAAAAUAUAAAAUUUAAGGUUGUGAUGCUUUUUCGGUUAGUCACGUACUAAAAGGCGAAGACUUGAUUUUUGGACUUGUUUAUUCAAUGCCCUUUUUUCUUUCAGCUCGAUCAGUGUUGAAUCGCAAGAAUACCUUUAGAUAUAAAUUGGUGAAAUUCUCUUUAGUUUUCAUAAACCAUAAACUGUGUGAAAUCCGCUCAAUGUGCCAAUUAUGUGCAGCAAAGAAAGUCUCAAUAAUUGACGGUCAGAAAAAAACAUGGUACCGAUUACCUCGUCGUGAUUUUUGAGAACGAAAUUAUCGAUCGUAUUUCAUAUUCGGGAGACAGAAACCGUCGCUUUGAGGAAUGUCCGUGGCUUAUUGAACAAAGUUUUAAGUACCGCAAUGUAAGAGCGAUACCAGAUUUUUUCCAAUAAAUAUUGGAACCAAGCUGUUUUGAGUGGGGCUUUUUUUUUCGAGAGAGAGAGGUUUUAACCAUUUUUUGUCAUAUUUUCAGGCUUCAUCUAAUAUUCCAGCCAGUUUCAAAAUGAACGCAAGCAAAUCUCGUGAUUAUUGUCGAACACUUCGAACCAGUGAAUACCGAAUCUGUGCCUUCGCUUCAUGCGUGCAAAUAUUUUUUUUUUUGCAUGUAGAGGAAACAAAGAAAAACUUGUAGCCCAGUGGUUUUUUUCUUUUUUUUGACUCGCAACACGUGUGAUUAUUUAUUGGCAUGUUUUAGCAGCAUUUUUUUUCCCGCUUGGCGCACCGUUUUGAAAUGCGAUUCUGAUGCUCAAUAUUCGGACAUUUGUGAUGACCGCUUGCAUUUUUUUUUUGUUUUUACAAAGCAAACCGGAUGAAAAAUUUGUAUCGUAACGCGUAUUUUUUCGAAAUAUUUGUGCCUUGUUG